UGAGUAUGACGCAUUCUAAAUUCCUAUUUCUUUGCCAUUUUGUAGUCUAAUGUUUAUUAGAAUUAAACGCUAUUCUAAGAAAAUCUUUAUUUAACUUAGUUAUAUCACGAUCCAAAAUAAAGGCGUAACUUUAAGCAGUUGUAAGAGACAUCGUUUUAUUAUUUCCUUUUUAUUCAACGUUAAAUAAAGUGAAGAAAUGUCCGUUCCGCCAAUUUACAAUCCGGUAAUACCAUGUGUCCAUGCAAUUCCCGGGGGUAUGUACCCAGGCCGUAUGAUCCGCUUUCAAGGAACUGUUCCUCCUGGUGCUCAAAGGUUCGCGAUAAACUUUCAAUGUGGUCCUAACACUGAUCCCCGCGACGAUAUAGCCCUGCAUCUGAACUUUCGCUUCAUUGAGAUGUGUAUAGUUCGAAACCACUUGACUGCGAUGAACUGGGGAAUGGAGGAGACCAGCGGUGGUAUGCCGCUUGUGAGAGGGGAAUCGUUUGAGGCCCUGAUACUCUGCGAACCUCAGUCAUUGAAGGUGGCGGUGAACGGUGUUCACUUCUGCGAGUUCCCCCACCGUACGCCAUUCCAACGUAUCUCGCAUUUAACUAUCGACGGUGACGUCAUGAUCAAUUUUAUCGGAUUCGAGGGUGCGCAGCCGCCUACCCAGAUGUAUAUGUCUGAACCACCGGCAUACGGGGCUUAUGGAGCUCCGCCCCCCGCCUACGGAGCCCCGGGGUAUGGUGGUCCUCAAGGUUUCCAAGCGGUUAUUCCUCCCAGUUCAGGCGGAUACGCAACGACAUAUGCCGCACCGCAACAGCGACAAGGGCUCGGUACGGGCGCAGCUGUAGGGUUGGGAGUUGGUGCCUUGGCAGCAGGAGGUCUGGCUGGCUACGCCUUGGGCGGUGGGUUCAGCAGUGACAGCCCUACUCGUGAUGAACCGCAAGUGGUUGGAUUCUCUGAAAGUUUCGGCGGUGACGAUUGGGCAGAGUAAUAUAUACAAGAGGCCAUAGUGUUAAUUUAAUUUGAUUAAUGUACUUAUAAGCCUUAAUUAAUGCCUUCGAUAUUAAACAUGCAAAAGAGACAGAUAAAAGAUUUUAAAAAUAGUUUUAGAAUAUUGCCUUAAAACCAUUUAUAUGCGAAAGCGUUUUGGCGGUAAUAGUAUAUAUAUAUAUAUAUAUAUAUAUAUAUAUACGCUUAUCUAUGCAAGAUGGCGUCGCAUCAGUCCUUUGUACACACGUAAACAAAUGUCAAGACAUUUAAGUGUUAAUUGUCAUUUUUAAACUUAUCAUAGAGAUGAAAAUCUAGGUCAGUAUAGUAUUAGACAGUAUAGUAGUUACUUACAACUGAUCUGUGGCAAUUCGUGUAUUUUAUAGUCGUUUUUUUAUUAUGUAUUUUUGGAUAAGUUAUUUUACUCCAUAUUUAAAGCCAUUUUUUAUUAUAUCUCAAUAAAAUGUCAUUUUAUACUGUUAAAUAAUCCAUUUCUCGCUACCAAUUCAAGUAUUUCGCCUCUUUCUGACAAAUUUUGUUUAGUGUAUAUUAAAAGAGAACCGGUGUCGCCAAUAUAAUUCUGAUUUCACAAAAAUACUUUUUUUUAAAGUAUCUUAAUUAUUUGUGUCCAUGGUUCAUAUUCACAAAUAUAUAUUUAUUAAGUAUCAAGGUGAUUUUCAAACUAUAAUGACGUAACAGUGUUGCCAGCAAUACAACGGGGAUUUAGUACUGCUGGAACCUCAAAUAUCAUGGCUUUGCGCACAGAUAGCUUAAUUAUGGCUUAUAGUAUGUAUUUUUUUUUAAUUUGGGAGUCAUUAUAUCAUCAUUUGCGCUAUGUCAAGUGGAUUUAUUUGGUGGCGCGCAGUGCUUGUCAGUUGUCACUUUGACAGUUUAUUGUACACAGAUAAUGGAUACAAUAUUGUUAGUAUCAACAUGUAUGUACAAAAUGAAUAUUUAUUAUUGAAAAAAAAAGAAAUACUAAAUAGAGAAAAAUUUCAAAUGGAUUAUUAUUUAAUUUAUUUCUAGGAGAACAUAUUAUUACUUAGUAAACGUCAUUCUGUCCAAAUACGCAAUCCGUUGCGUUGUAAUUCGCAUAAAAUUGCUAAUCCAUCAUUACGGUGUUCCUAAAAUUUAAUUUAAUGCACUUUUAUUAUUAUAUAUUAAUACGUAUUUGUGACUCCCUUAAUUGAAGUGUCCACGGCAAAUAAGUUGGCAAGUGACCGCCUAACGAAGCAGACCGAAGUUCUUCUAGCCGCUUCGUCAAAUACGAAGGAUUAUUGAAUGUGGUCACUUUAGACAGUUGACGUUUACUUGUUCGUGCUUCGUGAGUAGGGGUUUUAAAUCUUGCCAACUUAUACGCCGUACGAUUGUUAAUAGAUGAUGAACAAAAUUACACAUGUAAUUGUAAAGAUUAACCUCGUAAGGGAGCGUUCAAGUCACGCAAUUUUUGGAGAUUCUUGACACGCGCCGUAACUCAAACGCCCAGUGACUCAUUAAACCUAAAAGUUGGUGUAAAGUAUCGGAAAGACGAAAAUAAUAUUAACAAUAACGCAUAAUUCAAUCCCCGCCCCGCAUCGUAACGUUCCCAAGCGGUUUUUCAUUAAAUGGUUGCCAUGGUGAUCGUAUAUGUGAAAAUUAAAACGAUUCUAAAUUAUGCCUUAGAUAUUAUAAAAGAUAUAUUUUAAUAUAUAAAUCGGCCAUAGGCGCUAUUUUGUGUGUAGAUUUCAUUAUUUAAUUAUAUUUCGUGUGCAAUUUCGAUAUUCUAAUAUAUAUGUAAAAAAAAAAAUAUUCUACCCAGUGCCGGAUUAGCCAUGUAGCAAGAGUAGCAAAUGCUACGGGCCCCGCCAAUUUGGGGCCCCGCUAAUUUGGGGGCCCCGCGCUCCAAUGUAACUUACAAAGUAGUGUAAUAUAUCUUGUCUCACUUCCACUUUAAAAUUUAAAACUUGAUUAACGAUUUAACAAACUUUUUAUUAAUUAAUUUAAUCUCGUAAUUAAAUUAAAUUAAAAAAAAUAAAAAUCGUAAUUUUCUUAUGUUUAGUUAUAAUCGAUAUACAUAUAAUUAAACUUAAAGUAUUAUUUAAACUAGCAUCUAUACCACAUCUACAUUACAAGCGACCAGAUUUUUAUUAAAUAAGUCUUCAUCGUCUCACUUUGUUGAAUAUUGAUCAUCAUUUACUUAAAUAAGUCUGUAUUGACAGCGUUACUAUCUCCAAAUUUGCCGAUUUUGAAUCCAAAAAAAAUGUAACGGUUUUGUUUUAUUUCAUACCCUAAACUUGAGUAGGGCCCCAGGAUAGAAUUUGCUACAGGCCCCGCGCAGGCGUAAUCCGGCCCUGAUUCUUCCUAAUUUACCGUUUUCCCAUCCAUUACAUUAAUGACAGCAAUUGCGUCGACAGUCUAAUGCUUACGCUGAUUAAAAUUCCUAGUUAUUUCUAAAACCUAUAUAACCUAAAUAUCUAUAAAUAAUAAAUUUUGUAUGUUACAUUUAGGACAUAAGAAUGACCCCCAUUCCCCAUUUCUUCCUCAACUUAUCGAACUUUUUGCACACGCAUUUUUUAAUUGUUUUUUUUUUGUUUAAUUUAUACCUAUAUAUUAAUGUAAGCACAAAAUUAUUUUAAAUCGUGAUUUAUUUAAAGGUUUCCCUCAUUAGGAGCCUUAUAAUAAUUAUGAAAGCACUUGAGUUAUAUGAGCUAAAGAGGUUUAUUUAAGGUGAAUUUAAAAUAUAUGAAUCACGUGUGUGGUUAUCUAAAGCACUAGCUUAUGUAUAAAUAAUUAAUUGAUAUGUCGUUUAUUGUAUUUUAAUAUAUAUCAUUUGUUC